UCCAAACGGAACGCUCGCAUCGAAGCCCUCGUGAAGGAAGUUACGUUUCGUGGAGGUCAAGCGGAGGCGGGCGGCUGGUGGUGAAAGUCUCUGCAGUGUGAAGGCCGGAGCAGUCACCAUGGUGAAGAAGAAGCGGUUAAGGCUGAUUGCCGAGAUGGCCCGAAAGAUCCGGGCUUACCGAGAGCUGAAAAACAGGCCGCGGGACUCACAGCGCUACACACUCGACUAUGACACCAUGACACGGCCGUUCACUGGUAAGAAGCUUCCGGUACUGGCCUGGAAAGAUGUGCAGAGAGAGACGCCCCUCUUCACAUUGUUGGCUGGCAUGCGCAUGUUUGGCGUGGGACGACUCUUCACCCGCAAAUCAUGGCUGGAGGAGCACACGGAGCCCUGCUAUUGGAAGAUAACUAAAGUGAAAGUAGAUUACACAGCAGAGAAUAUGGACCAUGGGAAAGCAUGGGGAAUUUUAACAUUUAAAGGUAAAGAGGAGAGCUCUGAGCAGGAGAUGGACAAGGUCAUGUACCAUGACUGGCGACUGGUGCCCAAGCACGAGGAGGAGGCCUUCAAGCACUUUGAGCCCGUCCCUGAGCCCCCUGUCCGGCACGUAUGCUACCCUCCACUCCUGCGGGCCAUGAUCCUGGCACAGCAAGCCAAGCAGCUGGGUGUGGAUGCCAACAGCCUGCUGGAGCCCACCCUGCCUCUUCAACGAGAUGUGCUGCUAAGCAGGGAGUACUUCCGCAGCCAGGAGGAAAAGCGGAAACAGGAGGGAACUCCGGUGUAAUGCCAAGUGGAGAGUGGAAUGGUGGUGACAUUCUUGCACCAGUAACUUUGGCAAGCGUCAUCUGGCCCAUUCUUUUCAAAAUAAUGAUUAAUUGGUAUUAGCUCUGGGUGGAAGCUGAUUUAAGAUGAGCUUUAUACACCCAAAUGCAAACCCUAAUCAUUAUGAAAGAAAUGGUCUGCAUAGUGCACACAGUGUUUGUGAAAUCUAAAGCAGCUCCUCAUCAAUUUGCUUUUGUUUCAGAACUGCUUAGGUUGUUUUUGGUGCAUUUGAGUCAAACCACACAGAGUUGGGAGGAAGGGGUCAUCUCUGUGUGUAAUGUUGUAUAUUGUGCGCUACGAUGAUGACAUUUGUGUUAUAAAUGUGAUACGGCACAUGAUAUGUGCUAUAUAAGUGAUGACAUUUGUGUUUAUAAAUAAAUAUAAGCCAGCUA